GAUGCAAACAAACGGGUUAUCCUGGAAACACAUCCUGGUCAGUUGAACCACAACCUUGGAGGUGGAGAUCAUGUGAUCUAUAGGAAGCGCAGCUGUCUAAUUCUGCUCCAGCUCAUCUUCAGAAUCCGUUGACACCACAGAUCCGCCGUGGACAUUUCACAGCAAUGAUAUGGUGUGACGAACGGUGUCAGUAAGAAGAAAUAGACUCAUUUACUCUAUGUGGGAGCUUGUAUAGGACUGCAGAAGACACUUAGCGAGAGGAGCCUUCUAGGCUAAGUAAGCCUUCAGACAAUAUUACCGUCACAAUGUCUAAUAGCAGCCGAGUGAACAGCCCUACGGAGGAGACCUCUCUCACCCCGGACCAGUCUCCAGGCCCAGAUGCACCCCAGGAUGAGUAUACGAGGCUGGGAGAGAAGACGGGAACAACUUUCAUUCAAACCCUGAUCCACUUGCUGAAGGGCAACAUUGGCACAGGUCUGCUGGGACUUCCUCUGGCUGUGAAGAAUGCAGGGCUUGUGUUGGGACCUAUAAGCCUGUUCCUAAUGGGCGGCAUUGCAGUUCACUGUAUGGACAUACUGGUGAAAUGUUCUCAUUAUCUCAGUGACAGGAUGAGAAAGCCUUUCCUGGACUAUGGUAAUUGUAUGCAGUAUGGCUUGGAGGUGGGGCCAGUACCUUUGCUGCAGAGACAUGCAAUCUGGGGAAGGCGAGUGGUUAAUGCCUUUUUGAUGGUCACUCAGUUGGGCUUUUGCUGUGUGUAUUUUGUCUUUCUCUCUGACAAUAUCAAACAGGUCAUAGAAUCGGCAAAUGGAACGACCACUGACUGUCAUUUAAACCAGACGGUUAUAAUGACCAGCACCUUUGACUCCCGGCUCUACAUGCUGUGUUUUUUGCCGUUUAUUAUUCUGCUGGUGUUCAUCCGAAACCUCAAGUACCUGGCCCCUUUCUCGAUGCUUGCAAACCUUGCCAUGAUUAUCAGUCUGGGCAUGAUUUUUAACUACAUCGUAUGGAAUAUCCCAUUUCCUGUUGCAUUGCCGUAUUUGGGCGAAUUGAAGAACUACCCUCUCUUCUUUGGUACGGCCAUAUUUUCAUUUGAAGGCAUUGGAGUGGUGCUCCCUCUUGAAAAUCAGAUGAAGACGUCUCGAUCGUUCCACAAGGUUCUGUACUUGGGCAUGGCGAUUGUAACCUGCCUGUAUAUCAGCUUGGGAACCCUGGGAUACCUCUGCUUUGGAGACAGCAUCGGAGCGAGCAUCACGUUAAACCUGCCAAACUGCUGGCUGUAUCAGGCUGUAAAAAUCCUCUACUGCUUUGGGAUUUUCAUCACCUAUGCCCUGCAGUUCUACGUGCCUGCUGAAAUCUUGAUCCCACGAGUAGUUGCCCGGUUGGAGGAACGAUGGGCGUGGGCAGUUGACCUUGCCGUCCGUGCAGCGCUGGUCACCUUGACCUGUGUCAUAGCUAUCCUGGUUCCAGAGCUUGAUCUCGUCAUCUCUCUGGUGGGCUCUGUCAGCAGCAGUGCCCUGGCUCUCAUCUUCCCUCCCAUCCUGGAGAUCCUGACCUUCCACAGCGAGGGGCUGCCCUGGUGGGUCAUCUGCAAGAACUUCCUCAUCAGCGUCAUCGGCCUGGUGGGCUUCGUGGCCGGGACCUACGUCUCCAUCGAGCAAAUCGUCCUCAGGAAUUCUGCCAGAGGCGCGCUGAACGGAACUCUGUCCGGAGUGCACUAAUCCGGGCAGCGUCAGGUUUUAAAGCUCCCUCUGGAUUAGACCUGAUGGGUUCUAUCUCAAAGCGUCUCGCCCUCCACCUCUCAAAAAGGUUAUCGUUGUAGAUUUAAAAUGCCGUGUCAAGGAAAUAUCAUUCAUCUUCUUUUUUUUUUUUUUUUUUUUUAUGUUUUUUUUUAAGUUUUUUUUUUUUUUUUUUUUUUUUUUUUUUUUUUUUACUGACCUGAACGUUUUUAUUGAAAUGAUCUCCCUGUUUGAACUAAUCAUUGUCUUCAAAAAGUUUUGACUUGAAAGUGCAAUAUAAUAUUAAGUUCUUUUGAAAUAGUAACUUGUUGAGUUUUACUCUCACAAAGAAUCGAAUUGAAAACGACACAUCAGGCCAGUAUCUUAUAAGAUAAGCCAGACUGAUACUUCUGUGAGUAAGCUUUAGACAACCAGAGGUGUGAUGCAUAUCCUACAAGAAAGCUAAAUCAUACGGGCAGGAGGAAAGUGCCUGAAACUCAGAGGACGCAAUAUUAAUGCUACCUUGCUGUAGAUCAGGAGGUGCCAUGCUCAUCUCUUCAUCAAACACUAUCGCAUGCCAAAUGUACCGCAGUGUUGUCAUUGUGUUGUGUUUUGAUCGCACACUAAAGUGAACCUCUGUGUAUUUGCAUUCCUUGUUGUUUUUUUAGGACGAUGCUCUAGUUUUUUUAUGUCAAUUAUGCCAAUGUGUCUGUUUUUGUGUUUCUUCUGUAAAGAUGAACCAUCACUGUUCUUCAUGAUAAAGGGAGUUGCAAUACAGGUUUUACAGAAAACACUGUUUUAAUUCUGCAUCGCACAAGUUAGAGCUGAGGAUCCUGGGGUCCAGCUGGACAUUUAUUUAUUUUUGUUAGCAUGUAAAUGUAUAUUUCUUCUUGUUGCAGAGGAACAGUUUUAUUUGAGUUGCAGAGGUUUCAGUAAGACUAUAAACAUUUAGUUGAUCAAUUGCUAGCUAUUGACCUACUAACAUGUGCUGGUCUACUCCUCAGGUACUGUGGCCAAGCAGCGUGUCGUAUUUUCCAUUGAAACCACUGAAGUGACCUGCUGGCUCUGUCUCUUAUACUGCUAUUGGGCAUCGUUAGGGGCAGGGGGUGCACAUCCCUGGCAAGGGGCUUACAUUGGAGAACCUCCUACAUUGUAAGAAAGGUCCACUUGUGAUCAUGGAGGUCAUGGUCUGUCUGUAUUUGGAACUGAGCUACUGGAGGUGCCCUGGACGGGUUGGGGAGGGGCAGGGAGGAAGGCAGUGUAUUUGGAAUCCUUUCUGAGUCCAGUACAGCUGUAAGAACGUUACAUCGUGGAGGACCAGGGAGGGAUUGUAAGCAGCCUAAGUGUCUGGUUUGCUUGGCUGUACCAUUUGUUAUUAACCCUUUGAUUUCCAGCAGUGCAUGCCUAGUUACAUUGUAAAACUCAAAAGUUUCCAAAGUUUGACCAAAGUUUCCCUCCACCCCCCAGUACUGAUAUGUGAUAUUUUCAUUCAAGAGGUCUGGCAUUAUUAAUUAGAAACUGUAAAAAAGAUAUAUGGAACAGUUUAAUGUAAUUUCUGCAUUUGUGUUCUAUUAAUCA